AUGACAUCUCUCGUCGCCUCCCGUCUUGCCUCUCACUUCGGACUCUAUCAUUUCUCAGUCCGAGAGCACAUUCUCUCCCUCGCCAAAUCUGUGGAAAGCGAUCCGGUGGGUGCCUACAAAGCCGGGUCGCUCGGAUGGCUACACCCAGAAGCUCUAGCUCGAUACGUGAAUGAAGACCGCAUUCACGAGAUCCCGGGCAAGCUUCUCGUCGGGCUUGUGAGGAAGAAGAUUGAUGCGCUCGUUGCAGAAGGCCACCGGCGAUUCGUCAUGACAGACCACCCGGAAUCAAUCGACGCCUUCACACGCUUCCUGGGUCUCCAAGGCGAGCGCGGUAUUUCAGACGUCAAAUGCGUUGUCUGGCUGCAUGAUUUGACACAAGCGUCUGUUAUUUCGAAUGACCGGAAAUUGGCAAUGAAGUAUUUUCGUGCGACGAAUCGAGAGAUCUCCGUGCAAGUCGAUGGGAGGAGUGGGGAUGAGGUUUAUGGAGACUUGAUGCGUGCCUUUUAUCAGAGGGUGCUCGCGGCGGGUGGUGGAUUUUUGGAGGAGAAGGGCGAUGAGGCGAUGGAUGCGGAUGUGGAGAAGGAGGAGAUUGAAGGGCCAAAGAGGGUUGAUUUUGUGCGAACGUAG